AUGCCAGUAAUUAUGGGAAUUGGUUCUCUAGAAGAGAGGGAUAGCAAUGACGAACCAUCGCCAUCCUCAAACGCACUCAGUCGCCGUAUUCGUCCACCACCAAUAAACACAAGUAGCUUAGAGGAUGGCAGAAUUCCCUUGGGAGGUCAAAAAAUCCAACGAAAAGAGUCGAAAGGUGGACUUCGAGGGAUAUUCUCUCGCAAUAAAUCCGAAAAGAAUGUGGUAUCACCAGUUGCUGAAGAAAAUAAACCGGCCUCAGCAUUCACGUCUCCAACGCCGCUCUCACCAAAGCCAACGAGUCCCAUAACAAGUCCUGUGGGAGAUGGUUUCUUUCGAAAGUUUGGUACCAGCAAUGCAACUGAUUUGUUAUCCCCAACCACGCCCGCUACACCAGUAAGAGCAACCAGAACUCCAUCGCGCCUAAACCUCAGAUCCAAGGCAAUCAAGGACAGCAAAACAACCGUCAAUCCUGUACCAAAAACAAGCUCAAAACCCUCAGUAUUCGAUCCACCACCGUUAUUCCAAAGUUAUCCUCAAUCUGUGAAAUAUGCUCGUCUUUCCGCCUCAACUUUAUCAGCCGAUGCAAUCAUCCGCAUGUCCAAUCACAAAAGGAAUAUCAAUCUUCGGGAUGAAAUAGCACAGAAGACCGAGACCGGGCCAGACCAAGAAAAGAACGAGAAGACAACCAAACAUAGGAGACAAAAAUCGGGUUCAAUAUCGAAAGGUGAAUGGACUCAAAAGAUUUUCGUAUUAGUAACCUCGGGUUACCUUCUACAAUACUCGGGCGAGGGAAAUUUUGAUCGACUUCCCGAAAAGAUGGUUCAAUUAGGCAAGGAGUCCGUAGCUUUUGCAUCGGAUGUUAUUCCGGGAAAACACUGGGUAUUACAAGUAUCUCAAUCAAUGGGUGCAGAUGGAGUUCCAACUUCAGAUUCUAGGUCUUUAUUAUCAAGACUUGCAUUUAGAAGUGCAGAUUAUAGGAGAAACGCUACUAGUCUUUUGCUUGUCUUGGACAGCGCCGAAGAAAUGGAUUCUUGGAUUGCUGUAUUAAGGAAAGAAAUUGAAUCUCUUGGAGGUAAAAAACAGAUCACAGAAAUCGGAACUGUGAAAAUAGAAGAGAAAACACUAGAGUUGAAAAGUCAACCAAGUCAUCGAUACCUUGUCCAAAGAAGAGGCUCAGACCAAGUGUCAAAUCCUUGCUCACCACUGGAAAUUCCUCAUGGGCGUCGUCCUUCCUGGCAGCAGCCAGAAGGGCAAAAUAUUGAAGAAUCAGCUUUACCUUGGCCAAGUCCUUAUGAACGCCGUACAUCUUGGCAGAAGCCAGAAGGACCGAAUAUUGAGGAAGUUUCCCCAUCUGGAUUCCUUCCACCUUGGUCACUAAACGAAGCACAAAAUGAAGCCGCUGCUAGACCACUAACAGAAUGCGGAUCGAUGACAAAUAGUGCUAGUUCAUACGAUCAGAAUUUAGAGAGCUUACGGGAUAGUAUCAAUAGAUUAUCUUAUUCCUCAUCCGAUCAACGAACUCGCGUCUCAUCUCCAGCAACUUCGCCAGCUCGAGAUAGUACAUCUACCAUGGAAGAUUUACCACCUUUAUCUUUGGAGACAGUACGAGCAAGGCCAAAUGCUGCAGAGAUUGUUGAACGUAGAAGAUCCUUACAAGCACUUCAAGGCACACGGGAUUCGAUGCCUCUGGCAUCAUCAUCUCACCUCCAAACGCCUCAACAAGCUUUGCGACACCCAAAUAAAGGUGUACCUUCCCGACCCAUGAGAAGUCCAUCACCUGCAACUCCAAAUUUCAGUGUACCUGUUUCUUCAAGCAAAAGAUUUUCAACGAGGGGUCCAGUUCCUGAAAGAAGACUCUCCAUUCCUGCACUAAAUACAACAAUAGAAAUUCAGAAGAGAAGUAAAAAGGGACCUCCAACGGCACUUUCUGUGGCUCGACCUUUAUCUCCCGUAAUGGAUACAGCAUCACCGAAACGAAUUCCAAUACCUGUUACCUCUAUGGAGAUUCCACAUCGGCCCGUUCUUCGAGUUGAAUCACCAACGGGUGUUAGUCGAUCCCAAUCCCCGGGAAAGUUUCCUAUCAGAAAGCGGCCAAGCAAAGAAUUAAGAAACACUCGCCGUGUCUCAAGUUUCAUGCCAUCAGAUAAUGCACUACAAGCCCGAAACACAGUUUUACGUCGUCAUUCUAGCAUGCAGGUAGAUCGUGAAAUUACAUCCCCUAUCGAAUCCAAUGGAUCAAGUGCAUUCGCAUUUCCCGAAACACUUUCUCCAAAAAUGCCUCGUGAUGAGACAUGCGAAAAUAUCCAAGAAAAUGAUUGGGGUUCUUUGCCAACACUUCAAGAAUCUACACUUCAAGCCCCACCAUUGCCGACACUUCCUGAGAAUCCCAUUAAACAAAGUUCACUCUGUCGCCCAAGAAGUAUGCUCGCCUCAGGCAACCAAUCACCCAUCAUUGAAGAUCUAUCCAGUCCCCGACGUCGCAAGCGGCAUUCUUCAACUAUCGCACCUAUAACUCUAUCUCCUACCCUGAGUUCUAAAGCAAGUUAUCACUCUGAUUUGGGUCCACCAAGAGUUCGGCCAAGAAAAGCUGUUUCCAACAGAAGAAGCCUCCCGGCUCUUAUGCAUGGUGCUCCUCCGGCUCCACCCCCAGACUGUGCUUUACCUCCUUUACCACCUGGAAGUGCUCUGACUACUGGUGGGAGGAGUCCUGGUGCUUCUUUUGUGAAUUCGAGAAGGGAAAUUAAAGUUCGGGUUUGA